AUGACGACGAGAUCUGAUUCCGAUGAGUGUCUUCUUACCUCAGAGAAAGCUUCGAUUUUUCGAGAUGGGUUUUCACAAAACUCGUCACUAAAGGUCGUUUCUUUGCCGCCACUAGAGAAGGACUCUGUUUUAGAGAUGAUGGUUAGCUCAAAGAAGCAAGUAAAGUCUUCUCCUCCUUUGACUUGUAUUCUUGCGAAAUAUGAAGAAACCAUCGGUUCUUCAGACUCUGCUGAAGCUUCUUUCUCCAAAGAACCCGAGGCUAUGGUGGAUGUGCAUUGUCCUGGAGUCCUCUCUGUUCCCGAAACUACUACCUCCUCUGCGUUUCUUGAAGAAGAUAGGAUCAAAGAAACGUCUUCUGCAAACAUCUCUGGGGUUUCUACACAAGUUGGAGAGGCUGAUGGGUUCGUUGUUGUUUGUAUCUCUGAGAAGAAGGGACAAGAAGAUUCCAAAGUUUUGGAGGCUGAGAUCGAGAAGAAAGAUGUGGAGACGCUCGAAAAUAAUGGGAAUGAGCAGCAUCAGAAGAUGGAAAGAGUGAGAGUUAAGGACAAUGCUUUUGUUGGGAGAUCUGUAGUGAGUAUCGAUUUGGUUGAUGACACUGCCUUGCUCAACGUUGUUCCUUUCUCCAAGAAAGCUAAAGAUCACCCUAAGAGGAGGCCAGGAACUGAUAAGGAUGCACCAAGAAAGCAUAACAAGAACGGAGGAGGGAAACAGAAGAUUGUUGGUGUUGGUGGGAAGCAGCAAGAUAAGAAGGGAUAUGCUUCAAACGUUGUUGAAUGGAAUGCAUCCACCAAACUUUCUGAAACAAGUGGGAAUCAGUUGAGGAUAGUGUACUCUAUAAACCAGAUGAAGUCGAUGAGGUAUGCACAUUCUGCGAAUCAGAAGAAAUUGUGGAGUGACGUCUACGCUAGGCUUCUACCUGAGCUGGUGGCUGAGUACGAAGGUCUAGUUAGCUUGAAGACUUCAAAAUCAGACAUGAGGGAGAGUGGCAAUGGUCAUGUAUCGGCUGUACCAAGAAGGAACCGUGUGAAUAUCUUUGUACAUUGA